AUGUCUGCCAGAGGAGCUCGCAGUCGUAAAGUGCAGCAAAAGAGCAUUGAGAAGACAGAAAAGAAGGGUUCUCUCAAGGGAAAAGGAAAAUCUACAGAAAUCAGCUACGAUAGCCCAGAUGCAUUUGCCCAAUGGCGUGUUUCGCCGAGCGUCAACGACUCAAGAAAUGGCAUUACCCGGACACUUACAGGAUCCAGCAAGACCAGUCGCGGCACCUCACGUAGUGGCUCAACCCAUGAUGGUGGACUGACUCGAUCUCGUUUAAACACUGUACAUUCGAGAAAUUCAUUCGAAGAGCGACAAAGCCCAAGGCCCGCUUCGGUAUCCGAUGUCUCAUCCAAAAGCAAUGCAAAUGCCAAAUUCCAGACACAUGGCAAAGAGACAAAGGCUCCUCGCGGUAGAGGCGGUGGAGUGCCUAUUAAGAAGAUGAACACAACCUUCAGUGUACCACCCACCUUCCGAACUGAAUCAACUUCAUCUCAAAGUCAAUCGAGCCAGAAUUCUUGGGCUAGUUUCAAAAUUUGGGGUAGAGAAAGAAAUGAGAUGCGACCCUACAAUGGGUUCGAUCUGGACCAUGACAUGCAGACAGGGGAGGUAUUAAUCCACCUUGGUGGACAGCAAUUCGAAGACGACCUCCCGGUGCCCACAAUACGGGCUGAUCUUCAAGUCCUACAAGAUUCAGGCUCUACAUGGCUGACAAACACACUCGCAAUGGGUCGUAUCGAAGAUGACGACAUCAGCGACUGGGAAUUGUCCAACGAUUCGGGGUCAUGGCUGCAAAAUGAGCUCCCACCACCCAGUUUCAAUCAGCCCAAACGGCACAAAAUGCUACGACCAGCUUUGCCGGGUAAAACGUAUCCCCAACCUUUUGCAAAUGACCAGGGGCACAGUGGCGUAGACUCUCAAACGACAUCGCAAGCGCAUCACCUCACUGAAAGUGCUCAGACAGAGUAUGCGAUCUCGCCUGAUCUAUCCCAAUGGAGCGAUGAUCAAAUGACAACUCAUCAGAUAUGGUUUCCUAUACCAAGUAAUAUACAGACGAUGCAUGGUCAAAGACUGCACCAUGUUGCCAUUCGCAACUUUCUCGCCAUCUUGCAUGGAAAGUCCAUAGUGGGAGCUGAUUUAUUCGAGAUGGUGGAUACAUUGCAGGCUACAAUUGUAGUAAUGUAUGAUUUGGACAACAACCAGUCUGGCCUGACACCUCAAGAGCUGAGUAUCCAAAUGAUUACAGACUAUCUAGAGCAGCAUGGACUUGAUGAUGUCCGAAACAAUGUCAGACAUGCUUUGGGGCUUCUCUUGUGGUCCGAGCAGGACAAUGUGAGGUGGCGACAGGGCUAUUUGGAGAGUUUUGUUCACCUUGCGGGAGUCAUGACAUCGGAAAUAGAGGAACUUUCGGAUUUUAAGCGACUGUCUGUAGUGACGAGGCGUAAUCUAGGAAUGGCUGGCAAGACGCUGCAAUUGCGAAUCAUGGAAGCAGAGGAGCGGCUAGCAGGCUUUGAAUUCGCGGAUCUUUGGGGGAACGAUUCCAAGAUUGCCAACGGUCCAGUACAUCGACACUGCCAACUAUUCCGUCAAUUUUUGGUCAACCACUACGCCCGGAUCUAUGGCAGCUGGCCACCAGUCUCCGGUAAGACUUGGCUCAACCGUAAGAUUGUACAGGCCAUGCAGAACGAUUUUGGCUCUCUUUACGACUACCUUGUUAAUCGCGAAGUCUUUUGGAACCCUCGCGAGGAGCGCGCAAGAAGAAAGUGGGAAAUGGCGCAUCGUAAGAUGGACGGAUUCCAGGCAGAUCUACCAGAACUGGACAUCACUGAUGUGCUGGUCAUGUUUGACGGAAAGCAAGGAUACACACAUAUCCCGCAUCCCUACCCAUUACUUCCGAUAGAACUACCCAAGGGGGGCAAAGAAAAGGAGAAGAAGGGGUUCUUUUCGUCGUUGAAGAAGGACAAGACCAAGGAGACUACAAGGGACGCAAAGGCUCAUCUUCAGCUCUCCAUUGUCUUCAGUGACGCAACUAACAUUGAGAAGCUAGAUGUGAACUUCAACGGUUCCACCUUGAUAGACAAGUUCGAGCAGUUCGAGCUCACCACCGACCUAAAGCACGCCACGCCCCGUGUAGCGCGCCUCGGUCGCUGGGUCCUCCUCUACGGCAUCCUCCAAGUCCUCUCCACACUGUCCGUCGAUGUCCAAGGCCUGAAACAUACAGAAGGUGUCCACUAUUUUCUUUGCACAGAUCUCAAACGUGUCCCUGAAUGGGUCACCAACGGCCAACUGGAAUACCUCGAAGCCAGCCAAAACCGUUCCUGGUGCUGGCAACGCGCCUGGGACCCCAAGACUGCUCAUGUCCCCCCCAUUGAACUCGAAGCUUCCCUUCCUAUCAACAGAGAGCGCGGUGCUACCCGCCAGGAAGAUUCGUACAAGGGAGACUACUGGGUUAUACAUUCGUUUCCCAGCCCGCCACCACAAGGCGCUCUUCCUGCUCCACCCCAUACCCUCGACUCUACAACAUCAAUGACAAACGACCUCCGCCGCAUCAGCAAGAAAAUCGACUCUCUCUCGCUCCCUCACAACACCACAAGAUCCACCCAUCAAGAUCUGCAACUUCCUAUCCAGCACCCACACCUCACCGCAGACAAAAAGGAAAUACUCAAGUCAAACAACUUUUACCCACCACCUUCCACCACCACAUCACGCCCCCCCUCACGCUUAGAUGCUCAAGCACAACAUUCCAUCCAGACCAACCCCCCACUACGAAGUACAUCGCGUAUAACCCACUUCAACCCUCUCAACACCGUUAUCAACACCCACCACAUCCCCACCGAGCCAGACUACCACGCCCGCCAUCUUCGCAGCGGAAUAUCAAGUCUGAACACGGAUUUGGGCGCAUACCCUUUCAGCCACGCUGACACGGUCUUGUCCCUGCCGCCGCAUUACCAUGAGAGUGGCGUUGGAGUGCGCGGUGACGACUCCAAGGGUGCUGGGCGGGCGGUGCGGCGCGCUGAUUGCAAGGAUAGGGAGAGUGGGGUGUUGGGGUUUGGAUGUGGGUUUGGGUUUGAGGAUGGGGAUGCGUGUGGGCGUGGGGGUGUGCAUGGGGAUGAUAUUUUGGGGGUUGGGAGUCGUGGGGGUGGGGUGGGUUGA